AUGCAAAAUCUUCUUUAAAAAAUAAGCAAAGAUUAAGAAUUAAAAUAAAAAAAAAUACCUGUUGGUGAAUUAUAGAACAUUUUGCAUUAAUAUAAUAUUACUAAUAUUGAAUUAGAUGAUGAAUAGGAAUUUACUUAUUAAGAAUUAUACAAUUAUCUGAAUUUAAUUUAAUAUAAGGACUCCUUAUAACAUAUUUCAAAGGAUUAAAUAUUGACAAGAACACAAAAUGAAUGGAAUAUUUAUACAAUCUAAAGAGAUGAAAAUGAAAAGGAUUUUCAUGAUUUAGUAUUAGAAAGAUUAGCAAAAGGAUUUUAAUUUGAUGUAAAUGAUUGUUAUUUUGUUAAUCCUGAUAUCUUUCAAUAUAUUCAAUUAUGUUUAGAUGAAAUAAAGUAAUAGUAAUAACAAUAAUAAAUUAAUAAUACUUAAAUUUAGAAGCCAAGACCAGGAGGGAUUAGAUCUUAAUAAGACUUAUAAAUAUAAAGUUAAAAUUAAACUAUGAAACCAAAAGAUAAUUCAAUUCUUGAAGGUAUAUACAUUGAACCUGAAAAUGAAGCAAAAUAAAAUGAGUAUUUUUUCUAUAAAUACUUUAUUAAUGAAUAGAUAAGUAAAUUAAUUACUAGAUGUGGUUGGAAAAGUGGAAUUGAACAUACAAAUUUUAAUGUUGAAAAUAUAUGUAAAUAAUGUAUAUCAAGAGCUGAAUAUACAAGAGCAGCAGCUAUAGCUUGUGUUCAUUUCCAAUUCUCUAAAGCAAUUGAUAUUUUGAGAGAAUUAUUACCAAAUAAAGAUAAAGAAACUUAUUAAAUUUUAAUGGCUUUAUAAGGUAUUGAUGAAAUGAAGAAUUUAUAUACAAUUAUUAGUUAAAAAGAAGUAUUAAAAAAAAUAAUUGAAAUUUGUUAAGUGUUUUUAGAAAAUAAAAAAUUUAAUGAUCCUUAUUAUGAAUUAAUUGCUGAAUUUCUAAAAAAAGAUAAAUUUCUUGAAUAUUUAAAUUAUGGUGCUCAUAAAAUAAGUAUUUUUGAUAGAAUAGGAUUAUGGGGAAGGUUUUGUUAAGGUAGGAAACCCUAAAUCUAGAAUCUGUUAGAUAAUAUCAUAUUAAAUGGGAAAUCUGAAAUAUCAAUUUAAUAUUUAUAAAAAUAUCUUGAUGAUAAGGGUGAUUUACAAUUAUGUGGAAUUAUUUCUAUUUAUUUAUAUAUUUUAGAUUAUCCAUAAAAAGAUAAAUUAAUUAAGAAUUUUAAUUCUUAUAUUGAUUAUUUAUUGAAAUAAGAUAUACCAAUUAAUUCACUAUUAUGUAGAAUUAAGUAAACUGAAUUAGAGUACAAUAAACCAUUUCUUAGUGAAGCAUUUAAAUAAUAUCUGUCUCCUUAAAUAUCUAUGUGUUGCAAUUUUUGUUCAAUUCCAGUUGGAUAACCUUAUUUAGAAAUUUAAAGAAGGGGUAAUCCAAGAAGAGGGUAAUAAUUAUGAAAUAUUUAAUCAAUUACUUAGAAAUCUAGCCAGAGAUGAUAAUCCAAGAACAAAUCUUUGUGCUUCUUGUAGUCAUCCAUUGUCAAAUUGUGUAGUUUGUGCAUAGUAUUUUACAAUACCAAAUAAUUAAGACAUUGAUAGAAAAAGAGGAUCUAAUUAAUAAAAAAUUUUGGAUCAAUUAAAAAUAGAAUAAGCUAUAGUAUGGUGUUUAAGUUGCAAACAUGGAGGACAUUAAUCUCAUAUUGAAGAAUGGUUUGAAUUAUAUCAAAAAUGUCCAGUUUAUGAUUGCGAUUGCGAAUGCAGCAUUAUUUGAU